UGGAGGGUCGCUUUAAGACGCGCCUUUCAGAGGACUUUAACACGAGCCAUUCGCGUGCAGACGGCCGCCCCAUAAAUAAGGACUCGAGUUAAAGCAGAACACUGAUAUCUCGGGGUACCUAGGACGACAGCCCAAACAGAACCGCUAUUUCUAAACGUAAGCACCUAGACAGGGGCAGAGUUGGAGUUGAUACCGCUGGAGGCAUAUGGUGACAGGAUAUAUGCAUGCAUGAACUUUUUUGGGAGCAAGAGAAAAGAUCUGUGUUAUUCAAAGCGUACGCACAACAACAUCUGAGGAUGCCCGCCAAUACUCCGGAGAGAUCGUCGCCCUCUUCCGUCGCUGCUUCUCCCUCGAGCGGCACCGCAACACCCGGUAAACUUCUCCGGUCCUUCUCCGAGAGCAGAAAGUCCUCCAAACCCAUCAUGGAGAAGAGGAGACGCGCACGCAUCAACGAGAGCCUGGGCCACCUGAAGACGCUCAUCCUGGACGCGCUCAAGAAAGACAGCUCGAGGCACUCCAAGCUGGAGAAGGCGGACAUCCUGGAGAUGACCGUGAAGCACCUCCGAGGCCUCCAGCGCCUCCAGAUCACAGCGGCUGUGAACGCGGACUCGUCCUCCCUGGGGAAGUACCGGGCCGGCUUCAGCGAGUGCGUGGGGGAGGUCACGCGCUUCCUGUCUACCUGCGAGGGAGUGAGCGCGGAUGUGCGCACGCACCUCCUCGGCCACCUGGCCGCCUGCGUGUCGCAGAUCAACGCCGUGAACUUCCCCGCUCAGCGCGGCGGCCAGGGCGCCGUCUACUCGCCGCACCCCGCGUCAGCACUCGGCCUCCUCGGACAGACUGUGCUGCAGCUACCAGGGACCAUGGUACCACAGCAGAUGAAUGGGAUUCCGUGUAAAAGUGUGUCUGCGAUGAACUUAAGUUGCGCCGAUGCGGUGAAGCUGUGCGGUGGAUUUCAGGUCGUGCCUGCGGCGGACGGCCAGUUCGCGUUUCUCAUCUCCAACGCGGCCCUCGCGCCGUUGAGCGCGCCAAACUGCCGACCCGCCCAUGCGGCGCCGACGUCACCUGUUGAGCAUCAUCCUGGGACGGCAGACUCUGUGUGGAGGCCUUGGUGAAAGACAGACGACUUUAAUAUUUUUGGAAGGACAAUUACGAAGAGACCUUUUGUAAGUUUUGUAAAUGAAUUUGUAAAUGAUUUUUCAGAUGUUUAUACACAUUAUGUUGUCACACAUUCAUGUUCUAAAUCUUUGCAUUGAGAGCCAGCCAUUCUUGUACUGUUUCCACAAUAGCUCUUUAAAAUGCUCUCUGAUAAUUUCACUCUUAAGAAAUGAAAUAAAAUAGCU